CGAAUCGGCCCCCGGUAGCUCCGCCAUCUUUGUCGGCAGCCCAUUGUUCACUCUGAAGCUAACAACGGUGUCAAAACCUUCUGCAUCUUCUAUUAAAUUACCGUGACUGUGUCACCAAUAGCGGACUUUGAUCGUCGUGGAUUUGCUCACAAGGUCGCGACUUGUUUUCGGCCACUAAGUGAGACAGAAUGGACGACGAACAGCCAAAAACCUUGUAUGUGGGGAACCUCUCCCGGGACGUGACGGAGGCCCUCAUCUUGGAGUUGUUCAGCCAAAUAGGACCCUGUAAAAGCUGCAAAAUGAUAGUAGAUACAGCAGGUCAUGAUCCAUACUGCUUUGUGGAGUUCUAUGAGCAUAGACAUGCCACGGCUACAAUCGCAGCCAUGAAUGGUCGGAAAAUACUGGGUAAGGAGGUGAAGGUUAACUGGGCCACAACCCCAACGAGCCAGAAGAAAGACACAAGUAGUCACUUCCAUGUUUUUGUUGGAGACCUGAGUCCAGAAAUCACCACAGAUGACAUAAAAGCAGCUUUCGCUCCAUUUGGAAAAAUAUCGGAUUGUCGUGUCGUGAAAGACAUGGCCACAGGUAAAUCUAAAGGCUACGGGUUUGUCUCCUUCUUCAACAAAUGGGAUGCAGAAAACGCCAUCCAGCAAAUGGGAGGGCAGUGGUUGGGAGGCCGACAGAUCAGGACCAACUGGGCCACGAGGAAGCCUGCUCCUAAAACAACGAAUGAAACAGCCAGUAGCAAACAGCUCUCCUUUGAUGAGGUGUUAAACCAAUCCAGCCUCAGUAACUGUACAGUCUACUGCGGGGGAGUCACACAAGGUCUCACAGAGCAAUUAAUGAGACAGACUUUCUCACCUUUUGGCCAAAUAAUGGAAAUCCGUGUUUUCCCAGAGAAAGGCUACUCCUUUGUGAGGUUCAACUCCCACGAGGCAGCAGCUCAUGCCAUAGUUUCUGUUAAUGGCACUUCCAUAGAGGGCAACAUUGUGAAGUGUUACUGGGGGAAGGAAACAACAGAUAUCGUACAGGGUCCCAUUCAGCAGGUACAGAUGGCACAGCAGAACACCUUGAGCUUCGCUGCCCAACCUUACAAUCAGUGGGGGCAGUGGUACAGCAACACACAGCAGAUCGGUCAGUACGUGCCCAAUGGAUGGCAGGUGCCAAGCUAUGGCGUCUAUGGGCAGGCCUGGGAUCAGCAGGGCUACAACCAUUUACAUGCUGGAGCUGGAUGGACGGGCGUGGGCGCUGUGAGCAACGGAGGCAUAGUGGAGGCUGGCCAGGGAGUCAACGGGACAAUGCUAACCAACCAGGCAGGCAUGAGCACCACUGGAUACCCCACCCACUGAUCACAGCAGCCCCCUCUUAGCGUCCAAGGACACAAGGAUUAUACUCUGCUGGGGAAAGGAGUGCACCAGAUGUGCUCUGACUUUCACAUCACAAAUUGUCUGUUAAUGAAGCUGGUCUGCCAUUUUUCUUUUCUUUUUAAACCAGCCCAAAGUCUCACCCACUGCCCAAAUCAGCAGGUUGAAGGAUGAUACACAUGCAAACACUGACAAAGCCACUGCUAAUGCACAUUGCAUUCCUUGGCCUGUUCUAAUGGCUUGGUGUCUUCAUGGCCAGAAAAAAAAAAGAAAUCUGUCAAGAUAUUUCUUACAGAAAGUUUGGUUUAAAAGCAAAACGAGUGUUAAGUGAAUUGAAUCGAAGCUAAAAAGGAAACCUUCCUGUUUCAGCCCCUAAAAGCCAAAAACAUGAAGGGCAGAAUUUUCUCACUAUCUACCAAUCAACCACGGAGGACAGGCAACAAACGCUUCCACUCAGUAAUCUCCAGUAUUGCAACACAGCCACUCCACGUACCGACUAGCUGAUCCUUUCUUCUGCGUUGAAGCUUGUCGAUCUCAUCGUUGCUCUGUCCACUCAUCACUGUAGUGAAGCAGCAGAAGUGGGUUCUCAGGGUGCGCUCAAGGUAUUCUAACCAACUGUAGUGGUUAGCAGGUUGGGGGAAGGGAUGGGUUACAGCUAAACAAUCGGAAAAAGAAAACACCAGUGCUCCUUUAUGUCCUGGACCGGACGGAACAGACGGCGAAAACUCACCCCAGGAUAAGAAGUGUGUGUUUGUGUGUGUGUGCAUGAACUGAUGCUUUUAUUCACAGAGAAACGUCCCCGUCAUCUACCCCAAAACCCAGAAGGACUAUUAUGCUAUUUUAUUUCUUUCCUCUUUUUCAGAGGGUUUGCUACAAAACUGCUAGAGAAAGGUGUUUUUAUUUCCAUUUUUUUUUUUUUUGUUCUGGUCAACCUAAAAUGCUGACAUUGUAUAAAGAGCUUUUGCAUUUUUUUUGUUUCAUUUCAGGAGUGAAGAAUUGUUAAAGCGAUGCCAUCUAAUCAUGUACAUUCAAGACCCUUGUAUGUUUUGUUUGGACAACUUUAAGUGGCUGAUUUUCUUUUAAUUAGUAUAUCUCAAAACAAUUGCAGGGAUUACUGCCACUCUUAUCUUGUGUACAGGCAGACAAAGAUUGCACAAAACGUAUAGUUUUCACAAAAUUUGAAGUACUCAAAUUUUUAUUUUAUUUUUUUUUUGCAUUCCACUUUAUCUGCUAUUUUAUUUGGAAGCCUGUUAUAUGUAAAUAGCCAACCAGUCUGUUAAAUUGUACUAAAUCUGUAUAAAGACAUGUUCAAUGAGAAUGCGUGCUUGCUCCUGGUUGGGGGAAACUGAUCCCGGGCGGCUGGUUGAAAGUAGCAUCUCUGUCCGUUUCUGGUCCGUAUGCAGUAGAGGAAGAGCAACAUUUCACUCGUCCAGCAGACUGGAGGACAAGCAGCAUUGCUAUGUAAUGCAGAAGUCUUUAGAUUCAAGAAAAGAAACAACUUUAUAAUUUAAAUUAUUGUUUUACACCAUUGUAGUGGUUGUUUUUAUAGAUCAAGAACCCUACUUCUAGACCUCAGAUUUUUUGCAGCUUGUCUACAGUUAUGUCAAUAGAAAUUAGGGGGAAAAAAAUCUAUUUUGUUGCCUUAUAAAGUUGAGUUAUUUUUAAUUUAACCAAAAAAAGAAAAUGAGUAGGCAGUGCCUAUGAAUGUUUUCAGCCUACGUUUUGAGAAGAGAAGUUCUGUUCAUACAUCAGUAACAUGGUUUGUGUUUUUUUUUUUUUUUUUUUUUUGCUUUGUCCCAUUAAAAAAGCUGAUGUUUAUAACA